AUGAGCGAAGUUCAGGAAUCUGGAAAAUAUCAGCAAUAUUCAAUGAAAAGUGAUAGUGAUUUUUAUACAAAUUACAUGACAAUGAAAGGAAGAUCGAAAAGAUCAACAAGAGAUGAACGAGGAUUAUAUUCAGUUCGAACAUGCUCUUUGUAUAUGCAAGCUGAUGAGAGUACGAAUUUUAAUGGAAUGAACUUCGGUGAGAUUUUUUUGAAGGGAAAGGGGAUUUGGACCCUGGAUUUUUUACGCUUGAAAAUUUCCAAAAAAAAAUAUACAGAAUAUUGAGUUGAUUAGAGAUAACCUAAAAUCAGGAGAGUCUAGACAGAAAGUUAAAAAUUUUCAAAAAAAAAAAUCAAAACUUUUAUAUUUUUGCGCCUUAUUUAAUUUUAUAGUGAGAAAUCACAGGUUUCAAGUUUUUUCAAAAUUGAAAAUCUGAAAUCGAGAAAAUUUUGAAAUUUGUAUUUUUCUAGCAAGCUUUAAUUUUCGUUCCUGAAAUUUCCAGUUUUCUCUCCAAUUUGACCUUCAAUCCACUCUCUUUUCCAGAUUUACACAACUGAAACUUGCGAACGCGGAAAAGCACGACCAGGCUCAGACAAUCCAUUUUGUGAAGACAAUGUUGAUGUUUCGAGUUUUCUGAAUCUCAAUUCGCAACGAAAUCAUUCAGCAUUUUGCCUGGCUUAUGCACUGACUUUUAGAGAUUUUGUUGGUGGAACUUUGGGUUUGGCUUGGGUGGCAAGUCCACAAUUUAGUGAGUUUUUUUGGGGCCGAGGGAUUUCGGGAAAUAAUUAUUUGAAAAAAGAUAUGUGCUAGAUUUUUUCCAUAAUAAAUGGGAAUUUCUCCAAGCUUUAGAAAUAUAGAAAAUCCUUUUUUUUCACAAAAAAACAAGCUUAUGAUUAAAAACAAUUCCCGUACCUUCUAUAAACCUGAUUUUUCCAGACACUGCUGGUGGAAUCUGCCAAGUCCAUCAAAGAUACAAUGAGGGAAGUCGUGGUUGGUUUCAUCGAUCUCUAAACACUGGAAUCGUAACCCUCGUAAAUUAUGGAAAUCCACAAUUUAGUGAGUUUUUUUGAGGCAGGAGGGAUUUCGGGAAAUAAUUAUUUGAAAAAAAUAUAUGCAAAAAUUGGUUCGUGAUUUCGUAGUUACUCCGAAUUCGCGAUUAUUAAAUCGAGCUAAAUUUUAUAGAUAAAAACUAGGGGAUGUUAGGCGUAACAGUCUGCUUAUUUAUUUCAGUUCCGUUUUUUUUUCUGUGAUUAUUUUCAAUUUUCUUAGGAAAUCAAAUUCAUGAAAAAUUUCAAGUUUUAUGAUCAAAAAAUGACUCGUGGCAAAAUCAGGAAGGCUUCCUAAUUUUGCCAUGGAUAAAUUUUUGAAAAAAAAAGUUAUUUAAUAUUUUUUGAAUUGAAUGUACUCAUUUUUAUCCAUAAAAAAGAAAUGACGAUUUAUUAUUUUUAUCCAUAAAAAUUGAGCUAGAAUUAAAAAUCGUCAAUUCGAAGUAACUACGAAAUGACGAUUUAUUAUUUUUAUCCAUAAAAUUAGGCUAGAUUUGAAAAUCGUCAAUUCGAAGUAACUACGAAAUGACGAUUUAUUAUUUUUAUCCAUAAAAAUUGAGCUAGAAUUAAAAAUCGUCAAUUCGAAGUAACUACGAAAUGACGAUUUAUUAUUUUUAUCCAUAAAAAUUGAGCUAGAAUUAAAAAUCGUCAAUUCGAAGUAACUACGAAAUGACGAUUUAUUAUUUUUAUCCAUAAAAAUUGAGCUAGAAUUAAAAAUCGUCAAUUCGAAGUAACUACGAAAUGACGAUUUAUUAUUUUUAUCCAUAAAAAUUGAGCUAGAAUUAAAAAUCGUCAAUUCGAAGUAACUACGAAAUGACGAUUUAUUAUUUUUAUCCAUAAAAAUUGAGCUAGAAUUAAAAAUCGUCAAUUCGAAGUAACUACGAAAUGACGAUUUAUUAUUUUUAUCCAUAAAAAUUGAGCUAGAAUUAAAAAUCGUCAAUUCGAAGUAACUACGAAAUGACGAUUUAUUAUUUUUAUCCAUAAAAAUUGAGCUAGAAUUAAAAAUCGUCAAUUCGAAGUAACUACGAAAUGACGAUUUAUUAUUUUUAUCCAUAAAAAUUGAGCUAGAAUUAAAAAUCGUCAAUUCGAAGUAACUACGAAAUGACGAUUUAUUAUUUUUAUCCAUAAAAAUUGAGCUAGAAUUAAAAAUCGUCAAUUCGAAGUAACUACGAAAUGACGAUUUAUUAUUUUUAUCCAUAAAAAUUGAGCUAGAAUUAAAAAUCGUCAAUUCGAAGUAACUACGAAAUGACGAUUUAUUAUUUUUAUCCAUAAAAAUUGAGCUAGAAUUAAAAAUCGUCAAUUCGAAGUAACUACGAAAUGACGAUUUAUUAUUUUUAUCCAUAAAAAUUGAGCUAGAAUUAAAAAUCGUCAAUUCGAAGUAACUACGAAAUGACGAUUUAUUAUUUUUAUCCAUAAAAAUUGAGCUAGAAUUAAAAAUCGUCAAUUCGAAGUAACUACGAAAUGACGAUUUAUUAUUUUUAUCCAUAAAAAUUGAGCUAGAAUUGAAAAUCGUCAAUUCGAAGUAACUACGAAAUGACGAUUUAUUAUUUUUAUCCAUAAAAAUUGAGCUAGAAUUAAAAAUCGUCAAUUCGAAGUAACUACGAAAUGACGAUUUAUUAUUUUUAUCCAUAAAAAUUGAGCUAGAAUUAAAAAUCGUCAAUUCGAAGUAACUACGAAAUGACGAUUUAUUAUUUUUAUCCAUAAAAAUUGAGCUAGAAUUAAAAAUCGUCAAUUCGAAGUAACUACGAAAUGACGAUUUAUUAUUUUUAUCCAUAAAAAUUGAGCUAGAAUUAAAAAUCGUCAAUUCGAAGUAACUACGAAAUGACGAUUUAUUAUUUUUAUCCAUAAAAAUUGAGCUAGAAUUAAAAAUCGUCAAUUCGAAGUAACUACGAAAUGACGAUUUAUUAUUUUUAUCCAUAAAAAUUGAGCUAGAAUUAAAAAUCGUCAAUUCGAAGUAACUACGAAAUGACGAUUUAUUAUUUUUAUCCAUAAAAAUUGAGCUAGAAUUAAAAAUCGUCAAUUCGAAGUAACUACGAAAUGACGAUUUAUUAUUUUUAUCCAUAAAAAUUGAGCUAGAAUUAAAAAUCGUCAAUUCGAAGUAACUACGAAAUGACGAUUUAUUAUUUUUAUCCAUAAAAAUUGAGCUAGAAUUAAAAAUCGUCAAUUCGAAGUAACUACGAAAUGACGAUUUAUUAUUUUUAUCCAUAAAAAUUGAGCUAGAAUUAAAAAUCGUCAAUUCGAAGUAACUACGAAAUGACGAUUUAUUAUUUUUAUCCAUAAAAAUUGAGCUAGAAUUAAAAAUCGUCAAUUCGAAGUAACUACGAAAUGACGAUUUAUUAUUUUUAUCCAUAAAAAUUGAGCUAGAAUUAAAAAUCGUCAAUUCGAAGUAACUACGAAAUGACGAUUUAUUAUUUUUAUCCAUAAAAAUUGAGCUAGAAUUGAAAAUCGUCAAUUCGAAGUAACUACGAAAUGACGAUUUAUUAUUUUUAUCCAUAAAAAUUGAGCUAGAAUUAAAAAUCGUCAAUUCGAAGUAACUACGAAAUGACGAUUUAUUAUUUUUAUCCAUAAAAAUUGAGCUAGAAUUAAAAAUCGUCAAUUCGAAGUAACUACGAAAUGACGAUUUAUUAUUUUUAUCCAUAAAAAUUGAGCUAGAAUUAAAAAUCGUCAAUUCGAAGUAACUACGAAAUGACGAUUUAUUAUUUUUAUCCAUAAAAAUUGAGCUAGAAUUAAAAAUCGUCAAUUCGAAGUAACUACGAAAUGACGAUUUAUUAUUUUUAUCCAUAAAAAUUGAGCUAGAAUUGAAAAUCGUCAAUUCGAAGUAACUACGAAAUGACGAUUUAUUAUUUUUAUCCAUAAAAAUUGAGCUAGAAUUAAAAAUCGUCAAUUCGAAGUAACUACGAAAUGACGAUUUAUUAUUUUUAUCCAUAAAAAUUGAGCUAGAAUUAAAAAUCGUCAAUUCGAAGUAACUACGAAAUGACGAUUUAUUAUUUUUAUCCAUAAAAAUUGAGCUAGAAUUAAAAAUCGUCAAUUCGAAGUAACUACGAAAUGACGAUUUAUUAUUUUUAUCCAUAAAAAUUGAGCUAGAAUUGAAAAUCGUCAAUUCGAAGUAACUACGAAAUGACGAUUUAUUAUUUUUAUCCAUAAAAAUUGAGCUAGAAUUGAAAAUGGUCAAUUCGAAGUAACUACGAAAUGACGAUUUAUUAUUUUUAUCCAUAAAAAUUGAGCUAGAAUUGAAAAUCGUCAAUUCGAAGUAACUACGAAAUGACGAUUUAUUAUUUUUAUCCAUAAAAAUUGAGCUAGAAUUAAAAAUCGUCAAUUCGAAGUAACUACGAAAUGACGAUUUAUUAUUUUUAUCCAUAAAAAUUGAGCUAGAAUUGAAAAUCGUCAAUUCGAAGUAACUACGAAAUGACGAUUUAUUAUUUUUAUCCAUAAAAAUUGAGCUAGAAUUGAAAAUGGUCAAUUCGAAGUAACUACGAAAUGACGAUUUAUUAUUUUUAUCCAUAAAAAUUGAGCUAGAAUUGAAAAUGGUCAAUUCGAAGUAACUACGAAAUGACGAUUUAUUAUUUUUAUCCAUAAAAAUUGAGCCAGAAUUAAAAAUCGUCAAUUCGAAGUAACUACGAAAUGACGAUUUAUUAUUUUUAUCCAUAAAAAUUGAGCUAGAAUUGAAAACCUUUCCUUGUCAGAUAGCUGACGAUUUUCAGCUAUUUUUCAUCGAAAAUCUGCAAUUAUGUGUUCGAUUUUUUGAUAUUUCGAGCCGGAAAUAAGCUGAAAAUCCCCAGCUAUUUGAAAAUUUACAGUGUUUUUCAGCAUUAAAAAAUCAUCCAGAAAAAACCAGAAAGUUUUUGGUAAAUUUUGAAAAAUUUUUUUGAUUUUUCAGUGUUUUUAGCUUUAAACUGAAAAAUAAGCCCCGUCCACUUUUUUUCACACUGAACAAAUUUUAUCAUGUCCCAAGGACCAUGUUCCAAUACAAAUAUUUCCUUACAUUUAAUUCAAAAAAAUAGAUUAAAUAAGUUUUUUUUUCGAAAAAUUUAUCGAUGACUCCAUCCAUUGCAAAAUUAGGAAGCGUUCCUAAUUUUGCCAAGAGUCAUUUUUUGAUCAAAAAACUUGAAAUUUUCUAUCAAUUCAAUUGUAAGUCUAUUUACUGACGGGAUUUUUUAGAGAGGUUAAUUCACAACAUGUCAGUCCAAUAAAAAUUGGCAAUCAGUGAGAGUGAAGAAGACUUAGAGAAAAAUAGAUCAAAGGUACAUUGAAAAUUGUGGGUCCGAAAAUCCAUCAUUUUUGGAAUUGCUGUUGGUAAACAUAUUUUGCUUCGAAAAAAAUUGAGGAUGACUUUUAUUCGCUUGGCACAAAUAAAGUUUAAGAAUGAAUUCCCAAAAAUCAAGCUGAAGCCUAUCUCUAGAUUUCACAAUCCUAAACCCGCAAACUGAAGAUCACGCGGGAUUCCAAUAUAUUUCGUCUCUUUCACUCUCACCGAUUGCUUUUUGACAUGUUGUGAAUUACCAAAAAUAACCAAAAUUCAGAAAAUGAAUUUCCAAUAUCGAAUAAUUUUUCAGAAUCACUUCACCCCAAUCAAUUUCAUCGAUAUUUUGUUUACACUCAUCUAUUUCAUUCACAAUUGUUGAUUAUUGUUGGAUUGAAGAAUCGAAAUUAUGGUGAGAUUUUUGUGGAUUUUUAG